ACACUGAAGCGCAGUGUGUCGAUCACAAUAGCCAGAAACUCGACAGAUUUCCAAGUUGAAGCGGCAGUCGUUUGAUUAGGUCUACUCGGGGUGCAGCAACUAUAGCAACCACCUGAGAUCUUACAGAAAUGGAUAAUCACGCCUUCGACGGUCACGAAGGGGGUUCGAACAACGUGAGAAGGGCAUCCGUACGACCAAAUUUAGCAACUAUACCGUCCGGAAUUGGCAUGGAUAGUAUGGCAUUCGAAAAUCCUGAUGACAUCUUGAGACAUCAGGCGGUGAUUGGAAACGCACGCAUGGGUCCAAGUAUGGAGUCCAAAUUGCGCGGAAGCCUACGCCGACUCGGGGCCGGAGCUAGACGGUUGACACAUGAAGCAGUCCCGCGGUUAGCCAAUUACAGCAACAUGUUCCAAAUGGCGACAACGGGAGCAAGACCAACCAUGGAGGACCUCCAUGAAUCCAUUGUUGAGGAUAAGCCAACAGAACGUGUAGGAAAUAACGAACCGACAGAUAAUCGUCAAAAAUUCGGCUGGAUCGAAGGCGUCCUUAUCCGCAACAUGUUAAACAUUUGGGGUGUAAUGCUUUUCCUCCGCAUCUCUUGGGUGGUAGCUCUUGCUGGCAUCUGGCAAACAAUUAUCAUCAUUGGCAUUUCGACUUUCGUUACGUUGGUUACUGCCCUGUCUACAUCAGCUAUCGUUACCAAUGGAGAGAUCGGAGGAGGUGGAACGUAUUACGUUAUGAGCCGAAUUUUAGGUCCAGAAUGGGGUGGCUCGAUUGGUGUUUUAUUUGCACUUGCCAACGCUAUCAAUGCUUCGCUGAACGUGGUCGGUUUCUGUCAGACUCUGCAGGACACCAUGAAAAAUUACGGUGGAUACACUAUUGUUGAUGGCGGAGAUAAUGACACAAGGAUUCUUGGCACGAUCCUGAUGAUCCUGGUUUGGGGUCUUUGUGGUCUUGGAGCAAAAUACGAAAGUUUGACGCAACAAAUGCUGGUGGUGAUUUUGGCCGUUGCUCUUGCCAAUUUCUUUGUCGGUAGCUUCCUUGGACCUCAGACGGAAAUUUCUCAAGCUCGAGGAUAUAUUGGAUAUUCACUGGAUAUGAUUCGAGAAAAUUGGGACUCGGGCUACGUUUUCAAUGGCGGCAUUAUGCAAGAUUUCUUUUCUGUUUUUGCUGUCUACUUCCCAGCUGGAAUCGGCAUUUUAGCUGGAGCCAACAUUUCAGGAGAUCUGAAAGAUCCAAGCGCUGCUAUCCCUAAAGGAACGAUUUGGGCAAUCAUCGCUACAAGCAUUUCUUACGCUAUCGUGGCUAUUGUGUGCGCUGCAACCACUGUACGACAAGCUACUGGCAGUAUUGCCGAUUUCCGCAACGGCACCUAUCUUGAUUGCGUGUCGAAAAACUGCACUUACGGGUCCUACAAUGACUAUCAGCUGAUGACGCUGAUUUCAGCUUACGGACCCCUUAACUACGCUGGGUGUUUUGCCGCCACGCUAAGCACGGCUUUGGCCAGCUACAUUUCGUGUCCAAAGCUACUCCAGGUGAUUGGUGAUGACAAACUCUAUCCUCACUGGAUGGUCGGUUGGAUGACCAAAGGAUACGGCAAAUCUAACGAGCCUCACCUUGCUUACCUGUUCACUUUCUUCUUGGCACUGGGUUUCAUUUUAAUUGCCCAACUGGACAUGAUUGCCCUUCUGAUUUCUGAUCUGUUUCUCAUCACGUUCGCCUUUUUGAAUUACGCCUGUUUUCAUGUUGAUCUCGUCCAACCCGUUGGAUGGCGCCCCACUUUCAAGUAUUACAACAAAUGGCUGAGUUUAUUUUGCGCCUGCCUUUGCAUCGCCAUUAUGUUCAUGAUCGACUGGAGAGUGUCUCUCAUCACAUUGGCCUGUGUCUUCCUCUUCUACUUCAUUGUGCUCUAUCGCAAACCAGAGGUCAACUGGGGUACCUCGUCUCAGGCAAUGAAUUUACAAGACGCUUUGACCAGCAUCCAACAGCUGGUUCACAUCGAGGAGCACGUGAAAAACUAUCAGCCACAAAUUUUGGCGCUCACUGGUCCGCCCAGGUCCCGUCCGGCUCUCGUCGAUUUCGCUUAUCUCAUCUGCAAGAAGAAUUCCAUGCUUGUUUGCGGCAAUGUCGUUCAAGAAAAGAUAUCUACCAAGAGACGUGGAGAGAUUUUGCAAAAAUCUUACAAACAUUUGCGGAGAAACGACAUCAAAGGAUUUUGUUCGCUCAUCGCUAACGUGGACUUGCCAAGUGGCACCUCGGCCAUGCUGGAAGUGGUUGGUGUCGGCAAAAUCAUGCCGAAUAUUUUGUUCAUCGGAUUCAAGAACGACUGGCGUGUUUGCGACAAAAACUCACUAAGCCAAUACUUUGCAACCAUUCACGCUGGAUUCAACCUGCACGUUAGUGUUGCCAUCCUGCGCGUAUCGGAAGGGCUCGAUUAUUCCACUGUUUUAGGUGACACGGAUGAGCCCUUCCAUUCGGGAGGAGGAGAUGAUAGUCGUCCCCCCAGUGUAAUGGAUACACCACCCGGAACACCCGAUGUGGAGAGACACAAUACCAUCAGCGAUUCACCAUUCGGCAGCUCGAAUAUCGUAGACACAUCGAAAGACCCAAAGAAAGCCAAGAAAUCGAAAAAGAACAUGACAUUGAUGGACGCUGACGGCAAUGAACUGCCGAGACACAUCUGCAAUAACAUCACCAGAUUCCAGAAGAAGCAGCUGGAAGGAAGCAUUGAUGUCUGGUGGCUUUACGAUGAUGGAGGACUGACUCUACUCUUGCCGUACAUUAUCAGCACGCGCGCUAAUUGGUCAGCGUGUCAGCUGCGUGUCUUUUGCACGGCGAACGCCCAGGAAGAAGUAGAGAAAGAGAGAGAAGGGAUGGCUGCCUUAUUGAACAAAUUCCGCAUCAACUACGCUGAUUUAGUAGUCAUCACCGAUUUGAACAAACCGCCAAAAGAAUCAACCAAGACCUGGUUUGAUGGACUCGUCCGCCCAUUCAUCCGGCGUGAAGAGCUCACUGAAAAUGAACGGCUUAACCUGCAAGCCAAAACGGAUCGUCAUUGUAGACUGAGGGAGUUAGUGGUGGACCACUCUUCCGAUUCCAAUUUGGUGGUCAUGACUUUACCGAUGCCGCGAAAGGAAGCCGUCAGCGCCCCAAUGUACAUGGCUUGGCUGGAGACAUUGACUGCCAACAUGCCGCCCUUCUUGCUCGUUCGAGGCAACCAAACAUCCGUUCUCACUUUCUACGCUUAAACUACGAAACUUGUAGUCCCCUCUCUCAAUUUGAAAUCACCUUUUCGCUGUUAUAUUUGUUCUAGGAAAAUUGUAAAAGCAUUUCGAAAUUCAAAAGAAACAAAUACUAGUUACCUGAAA